CCUCUUCCAAAACACUCUUUCCCUGUCGGGGCCAAGACCCUCUCCGGAACCUCAUUUUUAGUAGAGCAGAACCAGGGUCUGCGCCCCGUUGCGAAGGAUUGGGUGGAGCCUUCAGCAGGGAAGAAAGAUGUCAGAUGAAGAGCUGGAAGACUUCGAGCCAGACCAGGAUGAUCUGGAAAAGGAAGAUGAUGAGAAGGAGACAGAGGAGUGGGAGAACUACAGGAAGGAGGGAGAAGAGUACUCAGAGGAAUGGAUGCCCAGCCCCCUCACGGAGGACAUGAUGAAGGAAGGACUUUCUUUGCUCUGUAAGACGGGCAAUGGACUGGCUCACGCUUAUGUCAAGCUGGAGGUUAAAGAGAGGGACCUGACAGACAUCUACUUGUUGCGGUCCUACAUCCAUCUGCGCUAUGUGGAUGUUUCUGAGAACCACCUGACAGACUUGUCCCCACUCAAUUACCUUACCCACCUGCUCUGGCUCAAGGCUGAUGGCAACAAUCUGCGGAGCGCUCACCUGAAUGAACUGCCCUACCUGCAGAUUGCCAGUUUUGCCUAUAACCAGAUCACUGACACUGAGGGCAUCUCUCACCCUCGUCUGGGCAGCCUGGAUCUCAAAGGGAACCGCAUCCGCAGGGUGACCGGUCUGGACCCCCAAAAGCUGAUCAGCCUGCACACACUGGAGCUUCGGGGGAACCAGCUGGACAGCACCCUGGGAAUCAACCUUCCUAAGCUGAAGAACCUCUUCCUGGCCCAGAACAUGCUGAAGAAGGUGGAGGGCUUGGAGCACCUAAGCAAUCUCACUACCUUGCAUCUUCGAGACAACCAGAUUGAAACUCUGAGUGGCUUCUCCAAGGAAAUGACAUCGCUGCAGUAUCUCAACCUGAGGGGCAACAUGGUGACCCACCUUGGGGAGCUAGCCAAGCUUCGGGACCUGCCCAAGCUGCGGGCCUUGGUGCUGUUGGACAACCCGUGCACAGAUGAGAAUGACUACCGCCAGGAGGCCCUGGUGCAGAUAGCACACCUCGAGCGCCUGGAUAAAGAUUUCUACGAGGACGAGGAGCGGGCCGAGGCUGAUGAGAUCCGUCAGAGGUUGAAGGAGACCCAGGAGCAGGAGGCUGAGGCUGCGCACGACUCCGAACUGGAGCUGCCAUCCAUGUAGCUCUUCAAGCCUCUGGGGACAGAGAUCAAAGACACUGGCCCCAAGACCUGAGAAGA